AUGCUGACCAAGUACCUCACCGAGGUCACCGCCAAAUUCAACCCCUUCUCCGCCUGCGCCAAGCCCGCACGGCUCUUCCUCACAUACCUCCCGCCUAAUGCCCGCGCGAGCGGGAUGAGGAUCAACACGACGCUGCUGCCGAGGACGUCGGCCGAGAAGAGCUCCCUCCUCGUCAAAUUCAAGGAUGGCAAGGAGCUCAAGUUUGAGACCGACAAGAUCAAUAUCAAGGGUGUGGUGGGCGAGUGCGACCGACACUCACGACAAUUACAAAAGGCAGACGACUUGAUGGAUUAA